GGCAAACUCAACCUCGACUUCAAUUCCUUCUUAGCAACACCCAGCUACGAUACUGAUAUUCAAAAUGAAGCCGCCAACUCGAAUACCAUUGGGGUCGGCAAUUUGCAAACAAUUGCAACACGCCCCUAUAAAACCGGCGACAACGCCCCUACCCUUAAUAGCCCGCCAACGACAAAUCCACACCACUCCUACGACUCCCGCGACCGUCUCCCCAAUCCAUGGCUCCGGCCCACCGCCCGAAGCCCCCGUCCCCGCGGCCGACAGCGCAACAACACGUCUCGAGCGGCGGAAGAAACAAGCCGAGCUCCUCGAGAAGGCGCAAGCAAUUCGACAGCAACAAUCGCAAUCGCAACCCCUCUCCUCCGCAUCACCAUUCUCAGCGAGAAAGAAAGCUAGGGAUAGUAAUUUAUUAAAAAAACGAUUCUGGAAAGACGUACAUGUGCAUGAAGUCGAGGGCGCGUGGGAAGUACAUUUAGACACAAGACCUUUGCGACACCCGACGACGAAAGAUAUCGUUCGCGUACCGCUCUCGAAACCUUUACUCGCGGCUGCGUUGGCGGUGGAAUGGGAUGCGCUAGUCUCGGCGCAGCAAGCAACACGGCAACACCUGAUCCCGCUUACGAGUUUAGUAUGUCGGGCUUUAGAUAUCGCGGACGACGAUUCCUCUCCUUCUCCUUCAAAAGUAAGCGAGAGUAUAAGAGACGGAAUAGCAGCAAUGCUAAUGCGGUACCUCGACACCGAUUCCCUACUCUGCUGGGCGCCACCGCCUAGAGCCGACGAUUUACCCGCGGAGGGAAGCCAGAGUCUUAGGGAUUUGCAGAAACAAGCUGCGGAGGAAGUCGUGGCUUUCUUGACUAGUUGUGUCUGGCCUGGUGUUGAGAUUGGGCCGGUGCUGGAUGGUGAGAGUAUUAUGCCGCGUGGCCAGCCGGAGGUUACGAGGCAGAUUAUUCAAGGGUGGAUUGCGGGGUUGAGUCCUUGGGAGUUGGCGGGUUUGGAGAGGGGGGUGUUGGCUGGGAAGGGGUUGUUAGGGGCUGUGAGAUUGUUGGUGGAGUGGAGUGAGGGGUUUGUGGGUGCGGGCGUGGGUGAUGGUGCUGGAGGGGGGGAGAAGAGGUUUGGGGUUGAGGAGGCGGUGAGGUUGGCGAGUAUUGAGGUUGAUUGGCAGACGGGACGUUGGGGAGAAGUUGAGGAUACGCAUGAUGUUGAGAAGGAGGAUUUAAGACGUCAGUUGGGGAGUAUGGUGUUGUUGGUUAGUGGGACGGGUGGCAGGUGAGGCAGUUUGGCGGUGUUUUAGUUCUCAUCCUUAAAUAUCUAGAUGACAAUAUACCAAUACCUACCUAGGUUGGUUAGGUACCUAUACAUCGACACGCAGACUCAUGUUUCUACCAUACAAGCAUUUAGUGCGAAUCAUUCAGAGCAUUCCUGUCGAGAGGUACAACAUUAUAUGAUGAAUAAACCCCGUAACAUUAC